AUGUACACUUCCACCAUCGCCCUCGCCAUUGCUCCCCUUCUCUACCUCGCCCACGCCGACGUCAGUCUCGACCGCGACGACGUCCCGCGCGCAUGCGACACCAUCUGCGAUCCAAUCGUCCAGCUGACGCAAAAAUGCGACUCUGACCGUUGGGGAGACGCUCAGGAGAUCCAGUGCGUUUGCACCAACGACUCUUUUAACGUUGAGCGCAUCGCUGCGCUUUGCGCCAACUGCAUUCACCAGAAUGCGUCUCAGGACAGAGAUGAUGAUGACGACGACGAUAAUGAUAUUCGUGAUGAGACUGAAAAUAUCGAUGAUAUUCUGUUCACUUGUGCUUUCCCGUCUACUACAUACGUCGCAUCUGCUGCCUCGGCAGCUGUCUCUGGCAUCUCAGUCGAUGCUAGCCUUCCCACGGAUGGUUCGGAGUUUACCUGGAUCAUUGGUGGAACCACAACUCGUGAUUCUAACCAGGCUACCUCAACCAAUGGAAGCGGAGGCAGUGGCGGCAACAGCAACAACAACAACAACAAUAAUGAUAACGCAUCGGCUACCAACGACGCUUCCAGCCCUGAUGAGACCAAUGCUGCUGCCGCUAUGGCGCCCGUUGGAGUUCUGGGUGCUGUUGUUGGUGCUGCUAUGCUCCUUGCUUAG